UUUCUUUACUUGAUCCAUUGAGGAAUCUAAUGUCAUGGAAAUAAGUCUCGGCGGCUUCGAGGUCCACGAGCUUCCUGUACGAAGCCGGGACACGUCUUUCGCUGCGUGUCCGUCCCGUCGAAGGGGGGGGGUGGAAAAAAAAAAUCCCGAUUCAUGGGAACUUUCCACACACACUCUUGUCGAGCCGGUGUGUGAAACGUAGAAGCAGAUGGACGCUUGACGGUACAUCACGUUCCCGUGAGUCUGUUUUUUAACUGGACUGCAGGAACACGGCAGCUGUGUGUAGUGGACCUCCUGGCCCACUUCCAGGAAGCGGUUCUCACGGUGACCGCCGCUGCACAUGCCUGGAGAGGGACUUCCCAGCAGAGCUAACGUCCUCCCGAAGAAGCCGCUGCCUUGCACCACCCACCCCCAUCCCCACCUCGAAAACAGAAAGCUGCCCUCUACCCCAUCAGGUCUGAGCAGACGCUUCAGCUCGGCACUCGUCCGCUUCGUCCAUCGGUGAAGAAGCGCUGAAGUUCGCAGGCAGGCAUGGCAGACGGUCGGCAGCCAGACGAGCACUGGGCCUCAAACGGCCAGGACAACGGCGAGAACGGCUGCUCGGCCUACAGGGAGAACGGACACCACGGUGGGGCCGCCGCACAUCCCGGAGCGACAGUGGAUGACUCAGCCAAUUUGCCUCCCUCCCCUCCCCCCUCUCCAUCCGCUGAGCAGAUUGGGCCCGUGGCACAAGAAGAUAAAGUAGAAGCUGUCAGUCAACAGCAGGAUGAGGAGGAGGAGAAGGAGGAGAAGGAGGAGGAGGAGGAGGAGGCGGCGGCUCCAGAUGAGCCCCACAGUUACCAGGAGGAGGAGGCAUGUAGUCAGCCUGGAGAUGGGCUCUUAGAGCAGGCAGAUCAUUUAACAGAGCCUCAGGCGUUGGGCUUCCAGCAGGCCCAGGCACCUGAGGUCCUCAAUGGAGGAAGUCAUCCAGGUGAACACAGCCCGUCACAAAAAGCCCAGCCAGAAGAAUGUGUGAGUGAGGAAUCGUGCGAGUCGGCUCUGAAAGAGGACGGAGGGACGCGGUCGGCUGCUGGAAGAGCAUCGCCCGAAGGCGCAGAGCUCUCCUCGAUUGAACCUCCCCCUCCCGCUGUGAAAGAGAAAGAGCCCUGUGACACCGCCUCAAUCGAGCAGGGUGACCCCGAGAGAAAGGAUGUCGGAGAAGAGGCCGACGAGAGCCGCCUGCUCGUCGAGUCCAAAGAAAAAGAAGCGAAACAUUCUCUACCGACAGAGGAGCUAUCAAAUCUGAAGGAUGACGACAAAGAGGGAGUUAUCUUACCGAGCAAAUCAGAAGUCCCUGUGAAUGAAGACGAGGAAAAACCGGAGAUGGCUGAGGGGAUGAAUGAGGAGGGCCAAGACAGUGACAUUGAGUUGCAUGAGAUGCCAGGGGACCAAAAGCAAGAAGCAGUCGGAUCAAGUCCAGAAGCUGUCGCCGAGUUGAAAGAGACAUCAGAUAUUUUACACCAGUUUGGAGCAGAAACCUACUUUGAGACCUCCUCGAAAAGCCGCAAGGAGGAGUCCUCAGAAGCCGAGAGCUAUUACGAACUCAGCACAGCAGCAGAGAAAAAGUUAAGCGAGGACACGAAAAGCACCGGGGAGCAGCAGGAGAGGUCAGCCCAAAUAUCUCCUGGUAAGAUCUGUCUUGAACAAAGAAGCCUCUCCCUAAAUGUCACUGCUGGGUCUUCAACAGUAGGCAAGGGCGAGAAGUCCAGGACCGUGUGUUCAAUCAGUGGAAGCGUUGAUGAAUCUGAGGUUUACCCUUCAACUCCAUCUGCGGAGAGCCAGCAGCAAUUUGCUCCAGCUGUCUCCAUGACACCAACUACCCCUGAAUCACCUCCAGAGACCGCCACAGAGGCAGGCAGGCCUUCCCCAUCUGAUAAAAACAUUGAACAUUCAGACAGUCUUUCCGAAAUGUUGGACCUGGCUGGAGACCUGCCUCGGCCAUCACUAGAGAGGCGGGAGCUCGACCACAUGAGGCGAAAGUCCGUGCCCGCCAAUGUAUCAGCUCUGGUGGGGAGUUCAUUGGCCAAGCUUGCCUUGGUGGAUCAAACCUCUCGAGUGGUAGGAGGGGAAACCCAACUGGAGGAACUUGGCUACUGUGUCUUCAAUGAGUAUUCUGGUCCCAUGCCUUCUCCUGCCGAUGUACGCAGUCCAGGAGACUCUCCGCCCCAGUGUUUCCCUUCAAUGGGAAGUGAAGUCGAGGAGGAGCCUGGGGCCACGGAAGUCGAAGGACAACAAAAAGGUCAUAAAAGAAUUAUCCCUGAGAUUUCUGAGAAAACUGUGUCCGAAAAGAAAGAUUCCCCUGUAAAAAGUACCCUGAUUCUUGAGAGGGCCGUGACAAGUGGAGUGAAACCCGAUCGCCUAUUAAUUCCUUUGAGUUCCUCAAAAGACAGACUGACUGAGUUUCGCUUGGAGAGUGGCCUGCCUGACGACAUCAAGAUCCAAGCGAUUCCUGAGGUAGACAUUGAAAAAGACCCCUCUAGAGAGGCUUCUCCCAUCCCACGAGACAGCUCCUUUACUUUCACUCGGGUUCCCCCAACUCCCACCAGCCCCAAGUCCCCAGAUGGUGCACCCUCAGAAACCCAAGGCACUGUAGAGAAGGCAGUGAAAGAUGUCAAAGCAGAGAAGGAUCCAGCGUCUGAGAGGAUUAAUAAUGAACAGUUUGACACAGAAAUACAGAAAUCCGAGCAGGAGGAUUCGGAAGAAAGAGGCGCUGAACCAGAAAUGAGGAACAUGGCUUCAGCGUCAUCUCAGUCUUCAGGAGAGAUCAUAGAAAAAGAUGACAAGAAGAUGCAAAGUGAGCACAGAACACCUCCAAGAUCAGAAAGGGAAGAGAAGCAAGAGACCCCAAAAGCCGGUCAGGAUUUAAAUCCCGAAAAGCCAAUUUAUGACCAACUCCAGGCACGGGAGGUGGCUGAAGGGACGCCACAACCACAUCUAACCUCUCCAGUCAUCAUCAUACCUCAAGUAGAGGAAGAAGCAGAUGAAGAGGUCGAUAUUGAGAUUGCUGAGGAGCCUCAAGAGGUCACGGAGGACGUGCCUGAGAGUCUAAUCAAGGGGAGGCUGACGGUCGGCAAUCAAACGGUGGAAGACGAUCCCGUGUCCGGCGCAGAAGACUGGAGUGUGCAAAUCAGUGGCGAUGGCGACCCUGCAACUGACAGUUCGCACUUGUCUCCAUGCUCUGACCAUGAUCUGGCACCACAACUGGAUGACUGGCUAGGGGAGGAUGAAGAAGAAGAAGAAGGUGUACGUAUGGAUGAAGGGACAAAAGGAGAGGGCGAGGUGGUAAAGACGGACCAGACCGAGGAGGACCGAGGGAAGGAAGUUGGCUCUGAUGGGGUAGGCGAAGAAAAAGAGGCGAAGACAACAGAGGAUGAGGGGGAGGAGAGGAUGGGGGAAGAGGAGGAAGACAUCGAGAUUGGUCGGGAGGUGGAGGAAACCUCGGCUGUGUCCAGUCAGGCAGCUGUUGAUGAAACCGCCACGGACGUCUCCCUCCUAGAUACAGACAGUGGCUGGAUGGACACACAAGAUGACGAUGACAAAAGUAUCAUGACUGAGCAAAUCGAAGCCCUUCCUCGGGCCCAGAGUCCUACCAGUACACCCGUGGUGGACAGACCCGCUAAACGGGCCCCUGGCAGAGGAAGGGGCCCCCCCAGCACCACUGAGAGUAAAGUGUCCCGCAAAGUACCAAGCCUCCAUCCGCCAAGAGAGGAGAUGAAGAAGAAAAAAGUAGCCGUGAGGAGGGCUGACCAGAUAAAGGUGUCAGCCCUCCAGAGUCGCUCUCCGUCUCGAAAGAGUGUAGCCAAAGCGGCAGCCAGACACCCUAGGCCCGCUCUGCUUCACGGCUCUGCUAGACGUAUGGAAAGCCACCAGCCCCUCAGUGUGGCCCACCAGUCCAGGGAGCGGACCACCGAGAGGGCGUACCGCAGCCCGGAGAAGAGGUCGUCUCUGCCCAGGCCGGCCAAAUCUCUGACACGCCACAUCUCUGCUGCCGAGCAAGAGGACAGCAACCCCUCCAUGCCAACCUCGUUCCAGUCCAGAGCGGACAACAGGCCUGGAAGAGCCCCCGGUAUAACAGGUUCGGAGUCUGCACGUUCCCGAUCCGUCCGCAGCGGCGCCUCCACCCCCGGCUCCACCGCCGUCACGCCCGGCACGCCCCCCGCCUACACCUGCCGCACGCCCGGCUCUCGCACGCCCGGCAGCCACACGCCAAAGUCCUUCAGCGUCCUCCAGGAGAAGAAGGUGGCGGUCAUCCGGACCCCGCCCAAGUCGCCGUCCUCCGCCCAGCGGCAGCUGAAGGUGCUCAAUCAGCCGCUGCCCAACCUGAAGAACGUAAAGUCCAAGAUCGGCUCCACCUCCAACCUCAAGCACGUGCCGAAAGGCGGACAGGUUACAAUUGUACACGAGGCGCUGGACUUCAGUCAUGUUCAGUCAAAAUGCCGCUCCAAGGAUAAUCUGAAGCACUCGCCCAGAGGAGGCAAUGUCAUAAUUCCAAGUGUUAAACUGGACUUUAGCCACGUUCAGGCUAAAUGUGGCUCCCUGGAGAAGAUCCAGCAUGCAGCAGGCGGCGGAAACAUCCAAAUCCAGACCAAGAAGGUCGACAUGAGCCACAUCACCUCCAAAUGCAACUCCAUGGCCAACGUCCACCACCGACCAGGCGGAGGUCAUGUGCGCAUUGAGAGCGUGAAGCUGGACUUCAAAGACAAGGCCGCCUCGAAGGUCGGCUCUCUGGGCAACAGCAGCCACACUCCUGGAGGGGGAAACGUCACGAUCGAGAGCCACAAGCUGUCCUUCCGGGAAACCGCCAAAGCCCGGGUGGAUCACGGCGCAGAAAUCGUCAUCAUGCACGUCCCCCGCGUGGAGCCGGGGGCCGCUUCCCCUCACAUGUGCUCCUCCGACAGCAUCGACGUCCUGGAUUCGCCCCAGCUCUCCACGCUGGCCCAGGAUGUCACCGCUGCCCUGGCCAAGCAGGGCUUAUGAGUGGGCUGCCCCCCCCCCCCCUCCUCUUCCCAUCCACCUCAUCCACUCAUCCAGUGUUCUCCCAUGGUCCUUCGCUGCAACGCGACCCCACAGGUUCCACAGCUGCAGCUGAUUGACUGUCCCGACCAACGCCGACCCGUCCGGCCCGUUUCCAAACUCAAGGAUUACUUCUCGUUCACGCCCUCAAAACGGGACGCGCCCAGGCACUCUAUUUCUUUGUAUUAUAUUUCCGUUCACUCAAAAAUGGACUCUUUGUUUUAUUGUUGAAGGUUUGAGGGGAAGCCUUUGUCUCCGAGGGCGUCGAAAGUUUUUACGAUGGCGGUUUUUAGCAUCACAUUUAACUCGUAUGGGGGGGAUGAGCGGUGAACUGUUGCAUAAUGUUCAUUCAGAUUUAAUAUGGUACCGAGUGCGAGAAAUAACUACAACAUAUAGCUAGACGCUAGUCUUAAAGAUACAACCGUGUGAAGGACAUGACUUCCAGAAACCUGCAGAGGGACGGCUGAAGACGUGACAUGAUUUAGGUUUUCUGUUUGUUCGUUGGUCGGUUUUAAAUCUCAUGAUUUCCUGAUAUGUGCUGAAUCGUUAUCUUUUUAUAUAUGUCACUGUGGUGGAAGUUGUUCCAGUUUUGUAUGUUCCCUGCGGCUGCACUGGCUUGUUAGCACUUAAAUGUGAAUAACCACGGCGAGUAUGUGGAGUCGCUAAAAGGCUGAGCUUUCCAAUAGAUGUUCAAUUUUCUUAUCUUGUUUUUUUUGCCAAAAACCUCCGGCUGCUCUUUAUCGUUUGAUUUUACAUGAGCUCUGUGAUUUUAUUAGGCUACAACUAUGCUGUUGUGCUGGCAUGGCAAAAUAUAUGACGACUACAUGAAACCUUUCGGUGUGAGUGGACGGCCAGGAUGCAUUGUCGUGUCCACACUUCAACCAAGGGGCAAAAGUUUCUUCCAAAAGUAAAAAAGAAAAGAAAAUCUUCAUAUGAAAACAUUCCAUUAAAAAGAGCAGCGGACUGACCCUUUAGUGCAAAUCGAAGCCGGUAACUUCAAAGGAAAUGGAAACAAAGGAGAAAUGAAGACUUGCUGCUGUUAGAAUUCAUUGUAAAAAAACCAAAAAAGGAUAAAAAAACAAACUUCCAGCAUAUUCUCUGCUCACCAUUGUGAAACUCCUCUGCCCCUCUGUUCCUCUUCCCCCGGUGUCAGUUACCCCUCCAGUGUUUUUCUGUGCUUCCUAUAUUCUCUUGCCCCCCCCCCCCCCCCCCAAGCCUCUUUGCCUGUUUAAGUGUAUUUAAAAGACCAUGUAGAUGUGUGCACUCUUUCCGAUGUUUGAGACGUACCGAUGACAAAUGCUCCUACAGGAUGAUGACGACAGAAAUAAAGAACAUAAAAAAAGA